GGACAUGCUGGCCCCCGAGCUCCCCGGGAUCGCGCUCCCGCUGCUGCUGCUGCUGCUGCUGCUGCCCCCGCCGUGUGCCGCCGGCCGCGCCGCGCGCUUCGACCCCACCUGGAAGUCCCUGGACGCCCGACCGCUGCCCGCGUGGUUCGACCAGGCCAAGUUCGGCAUCUUCAUCCACUGGGGCGUGUUCUCGGUGCCCAGUUUCGGGAGCGAAUGGUUCUGGUGGUAUUGGCAAAAGGAAAAGAUACAAAAGUUUGUGGACUUUAUGAAAAAUAAUUACCCUCCUGAUUUCAAAUAUGAAGAUUUUGGACCACUAUUUACAGCAAAGUUUUUUGAUGCAAACCAGUGGGCAGACAUUUUUCAGGCUUCUGGUGCCAAAUAUGUUGUCUUAACUUCCAAACAUCAUGAAGGCUUCACCUUGUGGGGCUCCGAGUACUCCUGGAGCUGGAAUGCUGUGGAUGAGGGGCCACACAGGGACCUCGUCAGGGAACUGGAGGUGGCCGUAAGGAACAGGACUGCCCUGCGUUUUGGCCUGUACUAUUCCCUUUUUGAGUGGUUUCACCCGCUCUUCCUUGACGAUGAAUCCAGCUCAUUCCAGAAGCGCCAGUUUCCAGCGUCUAAGAUGCUGCCUGAGCUCUACGAGCUGGUGAACAAGUACCAGCCGGAGGUCCUGUGGGCGGAUGGCGACGGAGGGGCGCCGGCCGGCUACUGGAACAGCACAGGCUUCCUGGCCUGGCUGUACAGCGACAGCCCAGUUCGGGACACAGUAGUCACCAAUGACCGCUGGGGAGCUGGUAGCAUCUGUAAGCAUGGUGGCUACUAUACUUGCAGUGAUCGUUACAACCCAGGACAUCUUUUGCCACAUAAAUGGGAAAACUGCAUGACAAUAGACAAGUUUUCCUGGGGCUAUAGGAGGAAUGCGGGAAUCUGUGACUAUCUUACAAUUGAAGAAUUGGUGAAGCAACUUGUAGAAACAGUUUCAUGUGGAGGAAAUCUUUUGAUGAAUAUUGGGCCCACUCAUGAUGGCACCAUUUCUCCGAUUUUUGAGGAGCGAUUAAGGCAAAUGGGGACCUGGCUAAAAGUCAAUGGAGAAGCCAUUUAUGAAACCAACACUUGGAGAUCCCAGAAUGACACUGUCACCCCAGAUGUGUGGUACACAUCCAAACCGAAAGAAAAAUUGGUCUAUGCCAUGUUUCUCAAAUGGCCCACAUCUGGCCAGCUGUUUCUUGGUCAACCUAAAGCUACUCUGGGGUCAACAGAGGUUAAACUACUGGGACACGGACAGCCACUUAAAUGGACCUCUUUGGAGAAAAAUGGCAUUAUGGUGGAGCUGCCACACCUAACCUUCCAUCAGAUGCCCUGUAAAUGGGGCUGGGCUCUCGUACUAACUAAUGUGAUCUAACCUACAGCGAGUGGUUCAUGCUGCAGCUACAGCUAAGACUAGAAAAUGUCAGGUUUCUAUAAUUAUAGCACAUGGAGAAAGCACACGUAAAAUAGGUCAAGAAAAGUCAAGUACUUAUUUAGGCACUGUAGCCCUUUCCCCCUCUUACUCCCUAAAUUUCUUCCUAAAUUACCCACUAACUGUUUCAACUCUGCAGUACACUUUGUGCUCAGAACGGGCCUCGCCAAGAUGCGCCACUGCCUCAAGUGCAUUUUUUCGAGCUGAAGGCAAUCGAGAUCCUGCAGGCUCACGAGAAACUUUUACCUCUCCCUUCAAGCAUUUAAACUUGGGGCCUUGAACAUAAUUAGAGUUAUCACCACAAAUAAGUUUUUUUUUAAAGUAUAUUUCUCACCAUUUUAACAUUUCAAGAAAACUGACAGAUCUACAAAGUAAACACAAAGAGCAUCUUAAAAUCUUUGACAGGAUAUUUAAUUUCAUUAGAAUACAGAAAUUAAUAUUAAAAACAAAGGAGAAAAAUCCACAAAAUUCCAAGAAUAGUCUUGUUUCAAACCUUCUUUGGUCAUUUAACAAUCUAUUUUCUCCACUUAAUUCUGCAAUUAUAAACCUAACACAUUCUCCAACCUGACUUAGGACACUUCGACACAGAAAUGUUGUUGCUGUACAUAUCUUGGAAAGAAAGAACCUUUUUAUGACCUAUCUGUGGGGCAGGGCAAACUUCAAAUUACUGAACAUCUGAUUUUCUUUCAGUCCUGCAAAGACCUUCCUCCCCUCUAAUGGCUCCGUGCGCCUCACCUCACCUCAGCCUUAGCUCAGGAUGUCACAGAUGCCUCAUUUUAACUGUCUCUCAGCCUCUCAUGUACGUGGAGUUCCCAUAUGUAUGAAUGGAAUUACAUUUGAUUAUUUCUUGUUUACCUGUCUCAUGUUGAUUUGAUUAGACCAGCUGGAAAAACCUAGAUGGGUAGAGGAAAUUUUCUGUCCCCCAUAUUUGCUAUUAAAAUUUCUUCACAUUGAA